AUGUCCUCACUGCGCAGCCUCAGUUUCUACUCUGAAGUCACUCAUGUGCUUCUCUCCCUCUUCUCUCUCCUUCAGGUGUUUACAAAAUAUGGAAAGUGUUAUAUGUUUAACUCAGGCGAGGAUGGCAAACCUCUGCUCACUACGGUCAAGGGCGGGACAGGCAACGGACUGGAGAUCAUGCUGGACAUUCAGCAAGAUGAGUACCUGCCCAUAUGGGGAGAGACAGAGGAAACGACAUUUGAAGCAGGAGUGAAGGUUCAGAUCCACAGUCAGUCUGAGCCACCUUUCAUCCAAGAACUGGGCUUUGGGGUGGCUCCAGGGUUCCAGACUUUCGUGGCCACCCAGGAGCAGAGGCUCACAUACCUGCCCCCACCCUGGGGCGAGUGCCGAUCCUCAGAGAUGGGACUCGACUUCUUUCCUGUUUACAGUAUCACUGCCUGUCGGAUUGACUGCGAGACGCGCUACAUCGUGGAGAACUGUAACUGCCGCAUGGUCCACAUGCCAGGGGAUGCCCCUUUCUGUACUCCUGAGCAGCACAAGGAGUGCGCAGAGCCUGCCCUAGGUCUGCUGGCGGAGAAGGACAGUAAUUACUGUCUCUGCAGGACACCCUGCAACCUGACCCGCUACAACAAAGAGCUCUCCAUGGUGAAGAUCCCCAGCAAGACGUCAGCCAAGUACCUGGAGAAGAAAUUUAACAAAUCAGAAAAAUAUAUCUCGUAA